GAGUACACGGCCUCCGACGAGAUCGCGGUUUGCACCCUGGCGUCCAUCAACCUCACGGUCCACGUCGAUGGCGCCGGCGACGCCGCGACAUUCGAUUUCGCGAAGCUCCGGCGCACGGCCUACGUCGUGACGAAAAACCUCAACAAGGUUGUCGACGUCAAUUACUAUCCGGUGGAGGAGGCCAAGUCGUCGAACCUGAAGCACCGGCCCGUCGGCAUCGGCGUCCAGGGCAUGGCCGACGCCCUUGCGAAGCUGCGCCACCCCUACGAGUCCGACGAUGCGAAGCGGAUCAACAGGGACGUCUUCGAGACCAUCUACUUCGGCGCCAUGGAGGCGUCCAUCGACCUGGCCCAGGAGCUCGGCCCCUACGACUCCUACGCGGGGUCGCCGACGUCCCAGGGCCUCUUCCAGUUCGACCUAUGGAACGUGAAGCCGUCGGACCGCUGGGACUGGGAGGGGUUGCGCGCGCGCCUCGGCGAGCACGGCUGCCGCAACUCGCUCCUCCUCGCGCCCAUGCCCACGGCGUCGACGGCGCAGAUCCUCGGCAACAACGAGUCCUUCGAGCCCUUCACGUCGAACAUGUACACGCGGCGCGUGCUCGCGGGCGAGUUCGCCGUCGUCAACAAGUACCUGCUC